UUUGUAGAAAAAUCGUUUUAUUUAUUUAUGCUCUUUGUUGUUAUUUACUAAUUAUGAUCUCAGAAGUAAAAUAUUUGAAUUGUUUCAGAAUGGAGUAAAAGAAACUUUAUAACAUUUACUCCUUUCUGAGGAAAUCGUUGUUAAGAUACGGAAUAAUGAAGUUUUCAUUUCAACAUAGGGCAUUUUAUUGCUAUCUUGGAAUGAGUUUAUGGAUUUUUUUCUUGAUAACAGUUGUAUACAAGUACAUAUCAGUAGGGGAAGAAACAGCAGCUGUAAAAUUACCACCCCAAGAGUACAUAUCUAAGAGUGAUGCAAAAUUUAAGAGGAUAUUCCUUAAAGCGUGUAAUCCAGCAGACAGUAUAGUACGUGGAUCGGAAGGUGUAGUUGACAGUGAGACUUGGCUGCUGCAAGGUAUAUUGGUAUUAACAAGGCAUGGAGAUAGAGGUCCACUCACACAUGUUAAAGGUGGGGACAAACUGCCUUGCGAUACUGUACCAGUUUCAACACUUCUUAAAAGUUACGUGGAGUUUGUGUCUAACGCGAGUGUGGGGGGCCGCGCGUGGUGGGUGUCGGGGCCGGGUCCCUUCCACAACUUCCCCUCGCUGCCGGCGCGCGCCGCCACGCGCUGCGCCCUCGGGCAGCUCACACACAGCGGCCUGCUGCAGAUGCUCACCCUGGGUAACAUAUUACGAGAGGCGUAUAGUGAUAAAUUAGGUUCUGAUAUGGAGUUAUCAGGGAAAAAAGAUACGGGUGUAGCGUACACGACGCGGUACAGACGGACAUUCCAGUCGCUGCAGGCGCUGGCUUGGGCCAGCUCGGGCGGCGCGGCGGCGGCGCGCGAGGCGCACAGCGUCGCCUUCUGCUUCAGGGACUGCGCCUGCGCCGCGCAACAUGUCUUAGCCAGGAAAAUAAAUACCCAGUUGAAAACAAGAUUGGAAUCUCAUCCUGCGAUAAAAGAUCUAAUUAAAAAGUUAUCUAAAGUAUUAUUUGAAUCACAAGAACAUAUCGACGCGGAUGUUGUUAGGGAUGCGUUGUUGGCAUACGUGUGUCACGAGGCACCGCUGCCUUGUGUUGAGAAAACUAAGAAAUCAACAAAAGAUAAAAUUCCAAGAAGGAAACAAAGGAACUAUCGUGAUAUGGCAUCUAGAAAUUUACUACAAGUUGAUAUAGACGCGUUGAAUAUGGAACUAGAUUAUAUCAACAAUCAGAUAGAUUUUAACAACGAAGUCGGGAGAAAAGCUAGAGAUAUAAUUGGCAAAUACUAUGACAGUAAAGAUAGAAAAGCUCCGUUAGAUUUUGACGCUCAAAUGGAAAGAGAGAAAUUACUCUAUUACCAACAAAGAUAUUUAGAUAACGCUGACGGUUAUGAAGACGUUGUUAUAGUUAAAAAGAAUUUAGAUGCAGAUUUCAAUUUUCCAAACGACGCAAGAAUGGAUACGGAUUUCGAUGAAGACUAUAGGGAGCCAACGCCUGAGAAUACUGAGGACUUUUGCAUCCAAAAGGAACAUGUAAUGUCACUUUUCGCGUACCUAGAAUGGAGUUUUAAACAAGAAAUGAAGAAUUUAAAUAAUAGAAGACGAGGUUUACUUCACGCUUAUGGAUUAAUACAUAAUAUAGUACAGAAUAUGAUUCGUAUGAUAUCAGAAAAUAAACCUAAAUAUGUUCUUUAUUCAGGACACGAUAAGACUUUACAAGCUUUAAUACUCGCGUUAGGUUUGAAUAGCUACCAACAUUACAAUAUUCAAUACGCUUCUAGAAUGAUCUUUGAAGUUUAUAGAAAGAAGGAAUUACGCGAUGAAUUCAAAUUCACUAAAAGGAAAGCGAUCGCUCAAGAUUUUUAUUUCCGUGUUGUUUAUAAUGGAGAUGAUGUAACGAAUAAAUUAAGUUUUUGUAAGGAUAAGCAGAAUAUUAUAAUGAAAGUUGUCGACCCCACAGAUAAUGUUAAAAUUUACAACAUAUAUUUAUGUCCAAUCGAAAGUAUUGUAAGGUUUAUUCAUGAUGAUUAUUUUGCCAGUUUUAAUGCUAGUAAUUUUAAAGAUGCGUGCUCUAUAUAUGGGAAUGGCAAACACGUGAUAUAAAGAUGGCUAUAGCAUAGAUUAAACUAAAUGUUGCCAUAAAAAAUUCGUCUACAGCACAAAUAAACAUUCGUUCCUUUAAAAGAUCUCUUUGAGUUUGAAUAGUAACAGAUCUUUUAUUAGAUUUUGUGUAUCUUCCACAGAUUAAAAAUGCGUUUAUUUGUAUUUUGUAUUUACAUAUGGCAAUUUAUACUCUACGUGCAAUUACUCAAUUUAAUUCCUUAUUAAUCCAAUAAAGAGAUUCUUACGUAUUAAAACAUUUGUACUGAGGUUAUUUUUGUGAUAUUGUUUUUUUUUUCUUUUUUAAUACAUCACAAUUCAAGUGUUUCAGUUAAAUGGUUUGACAGUACAUUUGUAAAUAAUUUUGUUCAUGUACUUACAUAUCAAAUAUAGCUUUUAGAAUU